UGCCAGGAUGCCGAAGAAAAAGACGGGCCAGCGCAAGAAGGCGGAGAAGCAGAAGCUCCGCCAGAAGGAAAUCCGCAACCGGGAAUCUCAGCUACCGGAGCAACCGUGCAACGUUGCGAUGGACUGUGAGAAGUGUGGCAGGAAACAGAAGUCGAGAGCGUUCUGCUACUUCUGCCAGAGCCUGCAGCGGCUGCCGAUCUGUGCGCAGUGUGGCAAGCAAAAGUGCAUGUUGAAAACGGGCGACUGUGUGGUGAAGCAUGCCGGCGUGUUCACGACCGGCCUGCAGAUGGUCGGUGCGAUCUGCGACCACUGCGAGGCGUGGAUCUGCCACGGGAGGAAGUGUCUGCAGUCGCACGCCUGCACCUGCCCGCUGAUGGACGCGGUGUGCAUCGAGUGCGAGCGGGGCGUGUGGGACCACGGUGGUCGGAUGUUUAAGUGCAGCUUUUGCAACAACUUCCUGUGCGAGGACGACCAGUUCGAGCAUCAGGCAUCGUGCCAGGUGCUGGAGUCGGAAUCGUACAAGUGCCAGUCGUGCAACAAGUUGGGCCAGUACUCGUGCCUGCGGUGCAAGACCUGCUACUGCGACGAUCACAUCCGGCGGAAAGGGUUCAAGUACGACAAGAACAAACCGAUCCCCUGUCCGAAGUGUAACUACGAGACGAGCCAAACGAAGGAUCUUAGCAUGUCGGUGCGCAGUCAUAAGUACGGGCGCAAACGGAUGGAUGAUGAGGGAGACGAUGAUGAUUAUGCGUACGAUGAUGAGUACAUGUCGUACCGCAACAGUCACGACCACUACAACGAGGUUUCAGGUAGCUCUUCCGACGACGACUACGACGACGACGAUGAUGAUGAUGAAGACGAUGAUGAGGAUGAUGAUGAGGACGAGGACGAGGAGGAGGAGGAGAAGAAAGAGACUGCUGGCGCACAGGGAACAUCCCAGGGCACUUCCUCGAAGGAGCAGAAGUAAAGCAAGAACCCCUUGCCGUUUGUUUCUUUCCGCAAACCGUGUCUGUGUAAGAGCUGUUUAAAGCCACACGACUUUUGUUCUUUAUUGCAUAGCAUAACUAUACAAGAUGUAUGCAACGAAGGGGGAGGAGGACGAGGAGGGGUGGGUUUGGUGAAGAUGGGCAAGGGACGACGUGGGAAGAUUGUAGUAAAAUGAAGGAAGUGGGCAAAAGAACAGGAAUAAAAGAAACGUACUAAAACGUGAGCAGCAAA